GCUGUCUGCCGUCCGACAGCACUCGCUUAAGUUGAUGCAGCCAGAUAGCCAGAGCUCUCGAGGACUCCUCCCUGGUCGGUCAUGUCGGUCCUACGCUCCGUGGCGGUGCUCCUGCUCGCCGGCCUCGCGCUGGCCUCCGCGACCCGCUCCAUCUACCCCGCGAAGGUGCGGCGCCACUGGGCCGGCUUCAACCCCAUGAUCGUCGGGGGCAACGACAUCGACAUCAAGGAGGCGCCCUACCAGCUCAGCCUACAACUCUACACCUCGCACAUCUGCGGCGCGUCCAUCAUCAGCAAGACGUUCGUCCUGACGGCGGGUCACUGCGCGGCUGCGGGCAUCACCCCCAAGAACGGCGCAGUGCGCGCCGGCUCCACCAACCACGACGAGGGCGGCGUCCUGUACAACCUCAAGAGAGUCACCAACAACCCCAAGUACGAGGCCAGCACCGUCGACUUCGAUGUCGCCGUGCUAGAGAUCGACGGCGAGUUCCAGCUCGGUGAGACGCAGGCGAUCGUCGCGUUGCCCGCGGCCGGCGAUGCGGAGCCAGCGGGUUCCUUCCUCACCGUCAGCGGCUGGGGUAACACCUACGAGGGCGGCUACUCCGGGGCGCUCAACCUGCGCGCCGUGCGCCUCGUCGGGCUGACGAGCAGCGCGUGCAGGCUCGUCUACGGCAAGGGGCUGACGGAGCGCAUGCUGUGCGCCGGCCGCAGCGGCGCCGACUCGUGCCAGGGCGACUCGGGCGGCCCGCUCGUGCACAGGGACGCCGCCGGCGACACCCAGCUCGUCGGCGUCGUCUCCUGGGGCUACGGCUGCGCGCGCAAGGGCGUCCCCGGCAUCUACUCGCGCGUGUCCAACCCGGACCUGCGCGCCUUCAUCCAGAGCGUGUCGGGCGUGUAAGCGCGCGGCAGAGGCGGCGGAGGGAAGGCCCAUCCCGCCGUCUAAUAAAAACUAGUAACAAGAAAA